CCCCAUGGUGUUUGAGAUUGGUUUUGAGUGUUUGGCAGGUUAAAUUUAGCCUAUUGAUGUAAGCUGCAUUCCAUUCACAACAGACACAGAGACACACUCACAGUUUGGCUUUAGUGUCCAGGAGUGUGAAGAUCAGGGAAGAUCAAACUACCUACUGUAGGUUGACCCCUGAGCCUCCGCGUCUCCCCUUCAAGGAUACAGGUCGCACACUAGGGACACCAUCACAGAAGCGUGUGUUUCCAAUCUUGCCAAAGCCACAAUGUCACAAUUCUGUACAAUGCCUACUGGAGAGAGGAAGAAGCGUGCAGCAGCUAUUUGCCGAGAGGUCCAUGGUACCAAUGGGGACGUAAUGGAUCUCGGAAAGAAGCUCAGCAUUCCUAAAGACAUUAUGUUGGAGGAGUUAUCAUUGCUUUCCAACAGAGGUUCCCGGCUUUUCAAAAUGCGCCAGAGGAGAUCUGAAAAAUAUACAUUUGAAAGUAUCCAAAAUGAGGCAAAUGCACAGCUGAAUAAUGAUAUUUUAUCUAAGAAUAUACACACUGUGGAAAUUAAAGUGGAUGCACCAGCUGAUGGAAAUACUGCUAAUCCAGAAAUCACUGUUUCAGACACGACUGCAGAGAACGCCACAGCUAUGCCCAAGUCCUACCACUCCCCAUGGGAUCAGGCAAUCCUCAGUGACCCUGACCUCGCAGAAACUCUCAAACUGACAAUGUCAGCACCAGACCGACAACCAGACCUUCCUGAGUACAAAAGCUUUAACCGGGUUGCCACUCCUUUUGGUGGCUUUGACAAAGCUCCCAGAGGAAUCACAUUCAAGCUCCCCGAGGUGGACCUGAACCCACCCAUGUAUCCAGAUCUGCAGGAGCCGGGGAUAAAGCGACCCACUUUCAACAGGACGGCCCAGGGGUGGAUAUCUGAGGGCACCCAUCUUAUCCUACCCACUGUUAUCCUGGAGCCCAACAAAAUUCCAGAGUCUGAUGACCUGUAGAUGGUCUUACUGUAUAUUAUGUGGCAACAAAACAGUCGUUUAGUAGCGCAGUCACAA